UCUCCGCUCCCCAUCAUCACUGCUACACUGGUCUGGAUGAUUGCAGUGGCAGCAACAUGGCUGUGAAUCUCAGCAAGAACAGACUGGCCCUCUUAACAGCCUACCAGGACGUUAUCAACGAGACUUCGGCGAACGACUGGGCUUUAUACACAUAUGAAGAUGACAGUAAUGAUUUGAUCCUGUCUGCAUCAGGAGAUGGUGGUCUGGCAGAGAUCGCAGUGACCUUUGAUAACACCAGGAUCAUGUAUGGUUUCUGCAGCCUGAAGGACGCCACAUCAGCCCUGCCGCGCUACAUCCUCAUCAACUGGGUUGGUGAAGAUGUUCCCGAUGCCCGGAAGUGCGCCUGUGCCAGUCAUGUAGCCACCAUAGCCGAGUUUUUCCAGGUGGGUCUUCCCAAGGGUGUCGACGUCAUUGUGAACGCCAGCAGCUUGGACGACAUCGACCCCUCCGCCAUCGGACAGAGACUCACCAACGGGACGGUUCCAGUGGCCAGUCCAGUGCUGAGCCGCCUGAAGAUGAAAGACGAGGAGAAUGGAGAAAACGUGGGCACCACCUACCAGAAAACAAAUGCAGAGAUCGAGAUGAAGAAAAUCAAUCGAGAGGAGUUCUGGGAGCAAGCCAAGCGGGAAGAGGAGACGAGGAAGGAGGAAGAAAGAAGGAAGGCUGCGGAGGAACGGCAGCGCUUCGAAAAUGAGCGGAUGGAGCUGGAGAGAAAAGAGCAAGAGGAGAGAGAGAAGCGAUACCGCGAAAGAGAGCAGCAGAUCGAGGAGCACAGAAAGAAGCUGCUGGAGGAAGAAGAGGCCAAAGAAAGGACAAGGAAUCAACCUUUGAUUGUAAGAACAGAGCCCAGCUGUGAAGACCCUUCCCUGGAGAAGAAGGAAUCUGAAGUUGAGGAAGCGGCAGCCAUCAUUGCCCAGAGGCCCAGUAACCCACGGGAAUUCUUCAAGCAGAGAGAGAGGGCCAUAGCCAACAGCGUGGACAUCUCGCCCGUAAUGACACACAGGACCGGCCGCUUGGACAGUCCAUUCUUGAGGCAGCAGCACAGUCCAUCUGAUUGCAGUCCAUCCCCUUCUCGCACUCCGCCACAAUCGCGGCGGCAGCCAGGUCUACCUGAUGACUUUGAUGAAGGCAUCCUGGAGCGCAGCAUGACCACUGGAUGUACUCCAAUCCCCAGAAUCGCUAUUCAGGAGGAAAAAGAUGACUUCUUUCGAAAGGAGUUUGGCUUUGACUCUCCCAAGCAAACUCCAGUGCAGGAAUCCGGCUUUGCCAAGACCUCUCCGAGCGUUUCCCCCCAGCCCAGCAGCGUCGCUCCGUUGCCCAGCACAGACGAGAGCCUGCUAGACCUGUGGGACAGCGGCCCAGCCCCGGCCAUAGCCCCCUCCCAGGCCUCCACCCACAUUAUGGAUCUGAUGGAGGACACCCCGGAGCCUCAUCCUGCCGGCUCCUCUCCUGCGCAGCCUCUCCUGAGCUUCGAUGAGGUGCCCGACACCCCCUACUGCCCCGGUACAGAAGACGACCCCUCCAGCCUUGUGGACGUGGCUGGACCCCACCAGAUGACCCUCAGUUACCAGCAAGCCCUCCAGCAUGCAUCCGGCUCCGAUAGUCAGGACAUGGAUGACGGACAGCUGCUGUUGACCAAUGGAGACACGCUGCUUAAAGAAGGCACUCAGGCGAGUGAAGGCUACUUCAGCCAAUCACAGGAGGAGGAUUUUGUCCAGUCAGAUGACUGCACUGCAAAAGUCAACCCUACACCAGUUUUUUACAACAAACCACCAGAAAUCGACAUUACGUGCUGGGAUACAGACCCUGUGAUGGAGGACGAUGAUUAGGAGAAACAGAAGCGACGAAAACUGAUCUCACAGCAGUUACAGAAGUCUUGCAUCAAAAUGUUUUAGAGAAAAAAUAAACAAACAACAACAACGUUAGCCACAGAAGAAAAGGACUGGGGUUAUUGUUAAAGAUGCCAGUGGGUAUGAGCGCUCUCGGUUCCUGUAUGUGUGUGAAUGUGUUUAUUAUUUAUUUCUAUCUUUCUUUCUCUUUAUCUUUUUUUUUUUUUUGCUAUGCAGAGUAUAGCACAGUGCGUCUCUAGCGCUCACCUGUGUCGUAUCGAUCCCUGUGCCUAACAGGUGUGUGUAGUAGCAGAUUAGACCGUACUGUUUUGAGUUUCUUCUUAAUCAACGAUGAGCUUCAAUCCCCCACAAUCUUAGUAGAUUAGUUGAACCAACAUGCCGUUUGAGUGUUUUCGCCCACAGGGGCUUUUGCUUUGGAGACUCAAUAGGUCGAAGCAAAGGCAUGUCAGAACCCGAUCUUAGCUUCAGUUGAGUCGCUCGUAUUUAGCAAACUGAAAACGACAGGGGUUUAUUUGUGAUUGCGAAACAAUUUUGUGUUGUGCCAAUUAUUUGGAGUCGGUGUAACGGCCUUUUAGGACUUUAGCGCCAGGUGGCAUAUGUAUAUUUUGACUACAUAUGAGUCUGUGUGUAUAAACAAUGGCUGAAACUGACGUUUCUUUUGGAGCAGCUGCAAUAGAGCUUUGAUUUGUUGAGAAACUUAGGCAAUAACAGUCGUAGUGGACUCCAUUGGGAUUUGUUUUAGUUAUAUAUUUGGUAGUGUGUAUGUGUGUGUGUGUGUGUGUGUGUGUGCAUGCACUGUUUGUGUAUACAUCUAAUUUAAAGAAAAACGGGAGAAUAGAGUCCCUUAUUUUCAGAAAGCAAUCAUAGAAUCAUACUCUAUGUAAGUACACAUGCGCUGAUGCAUUUGUGCAAGCAGCAUGCAGCUAACUUGAAGGGUUGGUUCACAAAGAAAUACACAUUUGGUCAUCAUUUACUCACCUCCAUGACUUGGUAGGACUCCAUGGUAGGACAGUGAAUUCUUCAAUACAAAUUGAAAAAGGGCUAACCAAAACUUUAACGUCGACACAAAAUGGUAGUUAAGAUUGUCCUUUUUUCCCCGUUAUCGUGAUGUACAUCCACUUGAAAUGGACUUGAUAUAAUAAAAAAUGUAGGUGCUUGAUUUUGUUCUUUAUGAACUGAUUGGAUUGUUGAAAGAUGGGCAUUGCUAACAAAAUGAAGGAAGACUGACGAAUGGACAGAUUCAGAGCAGGAACGAGCCCCGCCCUAAAUGGUUUCGAGAGGGAGGGAAGCAAGGUUAUGGAGUUUGAUUAAACUUUAUGACGGCACAAAAUAACUAAGUGCACGGAUACAUUGCUUAUAACAAGCACUACUAUAUACUUAUAAAAAUACGAAGAGUAAAUUUAGAUUUCAUGAUGACUUUAAAGCCUCCAAUAUACUUCGAGCUAAACAGGAGUGAUGUUGUUUUGAAAAGUCAAACUAAAUUCGAAGUUAGUUUGGAGAUUUGUUUCAAAAUGUGAAACAUUAGCUUUGGGGAAAAAAAACUAUUGACCCAUGGUGAUGUAAUAGGUAGGUGUGGCCCUGUUGCUCCGCCUUCUUUAACAUGGAAAUCUUUUCUGGGUCAUUUCUUUUCUUCAGUUGAGAUCAAAGCAACAUUAUCUGUUUCCAUCCACCUACUGACAUGCGCACUAUCCUUAAUAUUCUUAAUAUAUCUAUACAUGCACAACUGAGUAGAAUAAACUUUUAAUUCUUUGAAAAAAAUUGCGCAGAAACUGCGCUCGAAACACAUUUUACUGAAUAAAUUCUAGCAUGCGCAUCAAGAAGUCAUGUGAUUUUGUUUUAACAGAUCGUGUGAUUAUAUGUGUGCAUUAACGGACAAACCAGCAGAAAGACCACAUUGUAAAACAUCAGAAAUGUUGUUUUGGUCAUUCUAAAAUCCCUCAGCCAAAGUCUGUCAUCACAGUGGUUCAGUAUUAUGACCUCCCAGAACUGUUUUGAGCAUCUCAAGCCUCCAAGGCUGCAUUUAGGCUGCAUGUACACUGCAUGGUUCAAGUGACUCAAUUCCGGGGUUUUUUCUCCCAUGUGGCACAGAUCGGAUAUGGCCCAUGUACAUGUAAGCAGGAAAAAAUCACAUGGACUCGGAUUUGCUCAAAUCAGAUUCAGGCCUUGUUCAUAUGUGGACAUUUAUCCAUUAUGAAUCGGAUGCAUGCCGUCGUGUCUACAGUGUAAGUAGGUUGAUCAGAUUUUCACCUGUCAAUUCGAGUCACACGUCAUUAAACACCGUAGCAAAUGACAUCAAGUCUGACACUUUCAAUCCAGAACAGACUUCAGCAGAGUCGCAAACCUUAAAUCUCAAAGACUAAGUCUAAAAAAGCUCUUAUAUUAUCAUGUAGUAAAAGGAUUUAAGCAUGUUAACAAGAGAGCGAGAGAGCGCAAUGUCCACCACAUAACCGAUAUAAACUAAUACAAAACUCUUGCAUACAUCAUGUGCAUAAAUCACACCAUGGACAUUACAUUAAAAUGCCUACUGGAAAAGGCCUAGAUUAAAAGAAGAUGGCCAAAUGAGAACUUUUCUGUCAUAAACUAUUGUAAAAACAACUUGUCAAGAAGAAUUUUAAAAAACAAAACCAUAGAAACAGAUUAAAUACAGGAACGGAGAAAAGGGCGCUCUUUUAUUAUCAGCUGUCAGUCAGCGCCUGCUUUUUUUUUUCCUGCUCAUUGCACCUUUGUGUGCUGUGUAAAUGCAGACGAUCGGAAACGAGUCACUUUUAAAAGAUGAUGUAAGCGGGUCAUCAAAAAAUCUGAUACAAUCACAAAAUCGGAAUUGACCAUCAAGUUCUGCAGUGUAAAUGCUGCCCAAAAGCCACCGUGCGUUGAUUGCGUUUUCAUUAAGUAUAUUGGGCCAAUUUGUUUCUAGCAUUCCUCAGAAUAUAAUGUUUUGUGUUUAGCAGAUGAUCAGUCAAGCACAUUUUGGAAAACCAUGUGAAGCGUGAGUCAAUAGCCCGGUGGAUUUUAGUGAACUAUCUCUUUAAGACGCCAAUAUAAAAACAGUCAAAUUGCUAUUAUUCAAGUAGCAAGCUAUAAACAUGCUGGCAGUUUAACUAAUGCCGCUGUCAUACUAGAGUUCAAGCAUGCAAAAUUCAGUUGUACGACUUUGCAAAAAGGUGCAGGAUUAAACAAGAUGAUUAGACAUAAAAAAGCAAGCAAUUGGUCCAUAUUUUAAAUUUUUGUACAGAGACAUCAUGUUUUGAUCUUCGAUUGGUCUUGUGAUGUGACUUCACAGGUCAGAAUUCACCAAGCUUGAACUUUCCAAUGCAGCGAACUGCGAAUCUUGCUGCACGACCUUCCGUUUAUGGUCUGUCGCAUUUGUGAUAUGAGGCUUAAACUCUAGUGUGACCAUGGCUUCACUCGCAUACCAAACUGUCUCUCCAUAUACGACAGUAGUCUGUGGUCGCUUUUAUCAUAGCGAAGUCAGUUAUGCUAACGCUAGCUACAGCGCCCCUGGGUGAAGAGUUUGAAUUGCAUCUUCUAACACAUUUCAGCAAGCUACAAAAAAAGAAGCUUUUGGAUUGAUGUACUUGCAUAGAGUAUAGUUUUGACUGCAAUUUAUCAUCAACCUUUUAAAUUAGUCACACAUUUCAAGCCAAGGUAACCCUUAUUAUUUAAAAAAAAACAAAAAACAUUGAUAUAAUCCUUUUAAUGUUUCGUUGUUAGGUAAAAUUGUGUAACCCAGGUCUUUCUUCAAAGUGAUGUGACUUUAGCACAUCCUGAGAUUUGUAAGAUGUUUUUAUGAACCUAAAAUUGAAAUGAAAUUAGGAUUUGUAUCCUACUUUUACACAAAGACAACUGCAGGGAAACGCAACCUUGCUGAAGGGCGGAAAGGUGAGAGCGUAUCUCACUGACUCAAACUGUAAUCUUUUGUUGUACCAGCCCACACCAUCAACAGCUAAGUUAUCACCACCACCCACUGUCCUGCUCCUUGACUGACCACCGUCUUCCUUUUUAGUUUUAGUCAUGUUGAAAAGCGGCAUCGUCACAUAUUGCUUUUACAUAUCUUUUUUGAGUGAAAAACCGAGCAAUAAGACUAAACCAAUAGUAUUUUUGUUUCUGUAAAUAGCUCUUAUGUCAAAUGUACUGCAUUUACUAACAUGUAUUGAUUCAAAGCUCCAGGGUUGGCAUUCGUUUGGAUUUAGAUUCUUUGGUGAGAGAGAAAGCAAGGUUGCUCGGUAUGAAAGCUAACAGGAAGUAACCCGCAUCUUUAACAGUAACUUAUAGCCUCUUUUGGAAUGACCUCCAUGUAUUCCUGUUCACCUCCUUAGUAGUAAUUAUUAUUCUCUUUCUCCCUCAAACUACUAUAGGAGACUACUACUACUACCACUACUAUUAUUACUAUUACUACUACUGUUCUACUACAGUAAUUUCUUCUUUGCCCCUGAAGCAAGGCUUAGCAACUCCUGAAAGUUCUCUCUCUGUUUUUUUAAUAAUUUUUUUUCUAUCUCUUCCUUUUUUCCGUCCGCUUCUCACAUGCUGUUUUUGAAACAAGCACAAGAUCUUUUGUGACAUGCUACGUGCUUAUGUAUGUUAAUAAAAGACUUUAAAAUCCUUCA